UUACGGGGCAUUGUGAGAGAGGAAGUGCGCGACGUGUUCCCAAUUGGGACACGUGCUGACAAUUGUUUGUUCUGCGCUUGUUCGACUUGUGCUGUGUUCUCGCAGUCCACCGUUCCUAGGUUAGCAUUGAACUCAUCUUACCACCGCGAUGGCGGACGCCGGCUUUUUCAAGGGUACAUCAGCUGAGCAGGACAGGCGUUUUGUCGACAAGGAGGCAAAGCUCCUCAGAUCAACCAAAUUUCCCGCCAACUUCGAGAGCAAGGUUGACAUGCGAAAAGUGAACCUGAACGUCAUCAGACCCUGGAUAGCCAAAAAGAUCGUAGAAUUGGUCGGAUUCGAGGAUGACAUCCUCAUUGGAUAUGCUCUCGAACUACUGGACGAACCGGCUCCCGAUCCUCGAAAACUACAACUCAGUCUUCAGGCCUUUCUCAACAAGGACGCCCCAACUUUCAUGGCAGCAUUAUGGUCUUUGUUGAUAGAGGCUCAAUCAGAAGUCACCGGUGUUCCGAGAACAUUCGUUGAAGAGAAAAAAGAAGAGUUGCGCAGAGCGCGGGAAAGCGACACAAGGACAUUCGAUGAGCGAGACCGACGCGCUCGAAUUGAUGAAGUCUCUGAUAACCGACGCGCUCGAGGUGGAUGGGGAGGUAGAGGUAAGGGACGGGGAAUGGAGGAAGGGGGAGGAAGAGGGCGCACAAGAGAUACGGGAUGGGGUUCCAGAGGCGGUGGGCCUUCCCGGCGUUCACCAAGAUCGGGCCGUCUCAGAUCUAGGUCUAUGCACCGGCGCUCCAUGACGCCGCCUACUCGUAGAUACCGCUCCCCAUCUCGCAGACGCUCGAUAUCACGGGAUAUCAACAGUUCUCGUUCCCCUCCACCAAUGCGACGUAGUCCUCCCCGCCGCUCCAUGUCUGAUACACGCUCUUCUCGCUCUCGUUCCCGGACACGUUCGCGGUCUCCUGUGGUUGGCCGACGCCGAGCUCGGUCGCGCACCCGCUCCCGCUCUGCCAACUCGGACACCUUUGAUCGGAAACGUGAUAGUCGUAGUCCUCCAACUCGUCGGCGUCGACUGUCUUCCCCUGCAAACGAGUACCAACCCAAUACUGCAUCGCGUCGCCACGUUUCCAGGUCUUCCAGCAGGAACUCAAGGCCCGCAGAACUCAAGAUCAAGGGCCAGGCAGAGGUCCAGCGUCAGCCGACCAAAUCACCCGAGCUGGAGCGUAGGGAGAGCGAGCUCAAAGAGAAAGCUUUGCGAAAUAAAGUGAUGAGAAGUCGGAAAUCUUAAUUCCGCAUAUUGACGAUAUGUGCUCAAGGUAAUAUAGCUGCUGCACCUGUGCGAGGUUUGGAGGCCAAUUCUUCCGCAACACGUCUUUCAGCCUCUUCCUCAGCCAAUCGUGGUGCAUCCAGCAUCGCCUGUUUUGCCUCCUUUCUCGCCUGUUUUCUCUGCCCCGCUUCUAUCGUUGCC